UUUUUCGCUCUCCACGAUGUCCCCUUCACGGUCUCCCCGGGAACGAUGCGUCGUCGCGCUUCCUCCUCCCUCUUGUACUCGUCCACACCGAGUCCCGGUAGUGUCGGCCUGUGGACGACGGUAGCGAGGAUCUCGUGCCUGUACUCGAAUAACCAGACUUAUCUUGGGACGGGGGGAGCUGAAAGCCAAGAAGAGCACUGGGGGAUGAGUGUCUAUGAGGAAAAGAACUUCUUCCACACCUCAAUUUGCGGCUGGUGUUGCGCCCCAUCCCGCUUCCAAGAUGCGGAAUCGAGACUGAGUGGGCCAGGAUGGCUCAGGAAUCGUUCCUCUGACAUUCACCGCUAA